GUAAGAUCUAGCGAUGCGAAUCAUGAUAGUGGUUUGAGGGCCGUGCAAUGAGCCAUGUACUAUCGUGACAGGCUUGAUCUUUAGUGGAAACCUUUGUAAUCGGAUCGUAUAUCAGACUGUGAAGUCAAUGGCACGGAAUCAUGAAAAGCAUCCAAAGGUCUGCAAAGGUCAAGCGGCGUUAGCUUUGGUUCCGGAAACUUUGUACUUAGUACUUCGUAAUCGCGGAGACAUAUCAUAUGUCUCCGACCAUUCCUGCGGUUAUUCCCGAAUCUUCUUCGUGGAGGCCUGACGCGUCAUGAACGAGCUACGAUAAACCACACUACAGGAACACCUCUUCAAGAACGACAACAAAUGCUGCAAGCAGUGCGGUACUAGUUCUGUAUGUGACAGCACCUGACAUCAUGAGCCAAAACGACGAUAACCAGGCCACGGCUCCUCCACCAUUACCUACAUUCAAUCCCACAAACGUUCAAACAUAUGCGGCCAGCUGCCACUGCGGCAUCGUGUCUUACACAGUUGACCUCUCCCCACCUCUGUCGGAGUGGAAAGUUGUGUCCUGCAACUGCUCCAUCUGCCAACGUAACGGCUAUUACCUCGUGUAUCCGUCCCGAGAGCAGCUACACAUAACCAGCGGCGAGGAUGUCCUGAAGAGUUACGCGUUCGGGCCAAAGAAGAAUUUGCACAAGUUUUGCGGACAGUGUGGAAGUAGUGUAUUCUUCGAUCCUAGGAUGAAGGAGUUUGGUGAAGGCGGAGGGUUGGAUUUGCUGGGUAUCAAUGUUCGUAUGUUCCAUGAUGUGAGCCUCGAGGAGCUGAGUGUCGGUCACAUUGAGAAUCGCUCAAAGGAUGAUAAGACAUCGAAGGAAUCCAAGGACUAGUUUUCGGAAGCAGUUAUUGGUCUACUGGUCAAGUAAGUGUUGUUUCGAGCGCCAGGAUUCUGGAAAUAGGAUCGGGGUUUAGUAAAUGUUCGAUCC